AUGGCUCCAGCUAAGGUCGCCCCAGCGAAGGCUGCAUAUACCUCCUCUGCCUCUCCGAGACCCAAGGUCGAGAGAACAUCAGAGCACGAAGCUGCGGCCCCAUCGCUCGCCAUGGCACAAGCUCCACGAUCGCUCUUCGCCCUCUUCCUCAUAGCCCUCCUCGCUAUGACGCUGGUGUCAGCAUCUCACGGCCAUGGCAUUGCCAGAGCGACCCAUUCCGCCGGGGAGGAACAGAUCUUCCAGGAGAUGUUGAACUCGGUCGAUCCCAAGGCCCUCCGCGGUGUCUUGCUCGCGGCCACAGAAAAGUACAAGCAUGGCGUAUUUCAAGAGGAUAGGAAGGCUAUGGAAGCUCUGCACCAGGAGAAUGCGGAGGCGGCUACAUAUUUUUUGGAGCUGGCGAAGAGACAGUCUGGGAAUAUUACAGCUGUAUCGACCACAGAAAGCUCGACGGUAGUCCCCGUUUUGCCUUCAACGCCUGUUGCUGAACCCACUCCCACGGCCCCCGGCCCCACGCCUACAACUCCAACUCCAGGUCCUACGAGCGAACCCCAAAGUCCGAAUGUGGCUGUGGAUCCUACAACCUUACCCACACCACCCGCCAGCACAAGCCGGAAUCAAGCUGUUGAGCCUACAGCCUCUGAAACAAGUCCGGCAGCUCAAGCUCCUGCCUCAGCAACCUCGACAACCAGCCCUGCCGAGGAGCCCGCAACGACCUCAACAAAUCCACCCGCUGUGACCUCUGCACCAAAUACAGCUCCCAGUACGCCGCAGACAUCGCCGGGACAGUCAACAGAUGGUACGUUCCUUGGUGGCCCAGCCGCUUAUCCCUUUGCCCAUCCAGUUUCGAUCCCUGCUCUAUUGUCAGCGAGCGACGUACAAUACAGCGCUUUUGCGCCUCCUGCCGCUCUCUUCUCGUUUGGUUCCUAUGUUCUUCUACCGGCGAGCCGGAGCAGCCCGUCGAACUCGUCGAUUUCUAGUUUGGUCUCUUCGAGUUUCACGUACGCGCCUCCAGUCCAGACCUCGAUUCCGGCGGUCCAAGGCAAGGCUACGGCUCCUCCUACUACCCCCCCUCCCUCUACGUACUCACCUCCAGUCACUCCUCCUUCUUCCAAUACUUCUUCGCGUCAAAAAACUACUCUCAUCUCUUAUUCAUCCUGCUGCAAUUCUUCUCUGCCUCCUCCUAUGACAGCUUUACCCGCUUCUUCUAUGGUUCAGAACAAUCCCAUUUUUUCCAACACUACUUCUCCUUCUAGCCAUACGACUGCUGUUACCGCGGUCACGUAUGGUCCGAUACAGAACAUGACGUCCAUUUUCAACUCUUCUUCCGUUUCUGAUAACUCCACGUCUACGUUUGCAAGCAACUUUUCAAAUCCAAAAACUGCUAUGUCAUCUCCUACAGGUUACUUUUUUAACAAUUAUACUUCAGGCGCGUCUCCUACCCCCUCCUCUACCGCGGGCUCUCCCGCCCCUCCUUCCUCAUCAAAUCUUCCUGCUGCCUCUUCUUCUCCACUCAACUCAGUUUCCGGAGCUGCAAUUUCCUCUUCUACCGCCGUGAUUCCUUUUACCUCCAUCCAAUCACUAGCAACGGGACCGACUUCAUCUAACGCGGCCACAGACCAAUCUUCUCCAUCUUCAACCUUGCUGACGGAGGCGAGCACUAACCAAAAACCCACAAGCGCUUUUUCGAUCACACAACAAAUUAUCUAUACGACUACACUGGUGGGCGGCAAAGCUAUAACAGUCACGUCGCUCAUGGUCGUGCCAGGUCAGACGGACGGGACUGCGCCGGGACCAUCAAAGACCAGCGCGGCGAAGGGAAGCCUGCAGACGAACGCAGGCAGCACGCCUAAGAAUGUGGGCCUGGGUGGCGUUCUUGGAGCAUUCGGCAUGGUGGUUAUCGGUGCUCUAUAA